AUGACGGUGGUCAUUAUAGCAGCCCAGGUGCCCCCUCUUACACAGCAGGCCCUGCUAAACGCCAUUGCGGUUGUCCCGCAGGAUCCACUCCCAUUGGUCGUUUGUCAGACCCCAGCCGCCAAAAUAGUGAAGCAGAUCGAGAGCAAAUACGCUUUUCAGGAAGCCUUGAACAGUGAGGGGAACACUUUAGUGGUUGACUUCUCUGCCACAGGGUGUGGGCCUUGCAAAAUGGUCAAGUCCAUCUCUCAUCCCCUCUCUGAGAAGGAUCCCAACGUGGUGUGCCUUCAAGUAGACGUGGGUGACUGUCAGAGGUUGCUUCAGAGUGUGAAGUCAACCCUCCCGUUUUUAAAAAAGGGACAGAAGGUGGGUGAAUUUUCUGGAGAUGAUAAGGAGAAACUUGAAGCUACCAUUAAUGCAUUAAUCUAAUUAUGUUUUCUGAAAACAUAACCAGAAGAUCGGAAGAGCAUC